AUGGACAACCUUCCCACGCCGAUUCUGACGCGUAUAAUCAGCGAAACCGACUACGACACAGCCGUUGCCCUAUGCCACACCAGUCCACGGCUUUCGCAGUUGAUCCGGUCGCCCAACAACGACACCGCCAUCUUCAAGAACAUUGCACUACAGACAUUCCCAUGGUGCCAUCCAGCUGUCGGACAGUCGUGGCGAGACCUGGCGUGGGAUGUGGAGAACAUCGGGCCCGAGUCGGACGCGGAAAUAUGGAAAGAAACGGCCCAAUGGACGCUUGCGGACCCCGACACUGAUCUGGGUCUGCUGAUCAUGUCUGAACACCCUGCCGCCAAAGAGAUCGCCAAAGAUCACGUGACAAGCCACAUUGACUCCCGGGUCCCGCGUGACACGGACAUUUGGGGUUCUGGCAUUGUUGAGCUCGAGGGUGGAUUGGUAGUGGAUUUCGUGGAGGCCAAGGCAUGGAAGGGCGAAUCAAUCGAAGCUAAGGAGUCACAUGGUGCAGAGGAUGCAGAGGAGACAUUGAAAGAGCAGCCUAUUGCACGUGAUAUUGCACGUGAUUCUCCAAAACUGGAAAAGAAGGGCGACAAGUGGAUAAUUAAUGGCUUCAGUAUUCCCGUCACAACCGGAUUCAUCCCCACUGUUCAUACGCAUAACAACCAGACAUUUGUAUUUGAGACCACGGUGGACGUCUCCUGUCCAGACACGGCCAUGAGCAAUUUGCACGUGAUUGACUGGGGCGCACGACGGUACAUUUUUCUUCUUUCCCUCAUUCAUGAAGCUGGAGUGUUUCCUGUUCCGUACCUGAGCAAUGGGUUUCUGUGGUUGUUCUACGAGCAUUUUGUGGUCAAGUUCAAUGUUGAUGAGAUCAAAUUCGAUCCCACUAAAGACAAGUGCACGUCCAAGAUUUUCUACGUGAGUCAAUGUGGCCUUCCUGUGUCUCUCAGAGACUGCAACUUCCAAGUGCAGGUUCUUUGGGGUCGGUUUGCUAAGAUGGGUAGGUUUUUUUUGGAUCUGGAAACGCUCAUGUGGUUUAAGAUUGACCAUGGUCUUGUUCAUGGCAUGCUGCACAAGACUCAUCACUUGUGGGACUACUCAAAGGAGGCGUUGGAGAGGAUAGCAGAAGUGGUGAAGGACUCAGAAGCAGUAGAUGCAGUCUCAGCAGUCGAUAUCAGCUCGUGUCUCAAGACAAAGAAGAAAAAGAAGAGCAAGAAGAAGGGGAGGGAUACGUCUACGGAGGCGGAUGAGGUGGAAAAGGCAAUGGCAGGCUUGGAUGUGAACAAAGACCUGCCUCCAGAACUGCAGAUUGAUUAG